AUGAGUUCCUCAACCCCUAACAGAACAGAAUCGCCAGGAGAUGACGAGGGUCUCUGGCACCCUGCCCAUGAAUGGCUAGAAGAAGACGAGCAGGACAGCGACUACCACCCCGCUCGAGAACCCGAAUACGGUGAGGGAUGGCUUGACGACAUGCCAAUUGAAGACGAAGCCAUGGGCAUGAGAGUCACUGGUGACACCCCCAGCAUCAACAUCGGUAAUAUCCAGAUUGUUCUCACGAACGACGACCCCGCGAGCGAAGGCCACGGUGAACAUCCAGAUCUUCCUGCCCGGGUGAUCGAGUUGCUUGCCGGUCACGGACUACAGAACAUCCUUCAGUCCAUUGGUGGGCCUGUGGCCUUACAGCCGCAGGCGCAAGAUGAAAGCGAUGAACAAUUUGAAAGCGAGGAUGACGACAGCGAUUAUGAGGAGCGUUUCAUGUCACGAUACCGCGCCAGGGCCUAUCGAACCAGACGGGGCAGGCCAAACAGACCCCCGCCCGAACUACCUCCAGUGCCCAAUCCAGAAGGAAAGAAACUGAUGGGCGACGGUCACUUCGGGACCGACCAGUAUUAUAUCGACCGUCUCAGACAACGCAAAAAGGACUUGACGACAAACCUCAUGUGGCGAGAACUAGGUGUUGAUGUCUAUGGAGUGCGGAAACGAGCGAACCAAAUCAUCUCACAGGGAUUGAUCCCAGGCUCGGUUGCAGACCGAAUUAUUCAUUACGACACACGAAGUUACUCGGGCCAAUUCUCGGAUGACGGAAAUUUCUUCUUCUGCUGUGCACAAGAUUUCAAAGUUCGAAUGUAUGAUACCUCUAACCCUUACGACUGGAAAUACUUCAAAACCGUCGAAUAUCCAUUUGGCCAAUGGACCAUCACCGAUGCAACCCUGAGCCCGGAUAAUCGGUUCCUUGUGUACAGCUCUAUACGAAGUCAAGCAUACAUGGCGCCUACAGACCCAGAGGAUGAUUCGGAUCCCACUGCCCUUGAUUUUUCAACUAUACCAGGUCAACAAAGACGUGGUAGCUCACAUUUUGGAAUUUGGUCCCUCCGAUUCUCUGGAGACGGCCGUGAGGUCGUCGCUGGAACGUCGGAAGAUUCGGUCAUCGUAUAUGAUUUAGAAACCAAGCAGCCAGUUCUCUGUCUGCGUGACCGACAUGGACACCAUGUCAAUGCAGUUUGCUACGGCGAUACAUCAUCGCCCCAUAUUUUGUACUCUGGAUCCGAUGACACGACCCUGCGAGUAUGGGACCGACGAUCUAUGGGCGAUGGCCGUGAAGCCGGAGUCUUCAUGGGUCAUACCGAGGGCCUCACCUACGUCGACAGCAAAGGCGAUGGUCGAUACGUUUUGUCCAACAGCAAAGACCAAACUAUGAAGCUUUGGGACUUGCGCAAGAUGAUGACAUCUGCCAGUGUGGAAAAUCUCGACCCUUAUGGGUACAUGACUGGAUAUGACUACCGUUUUGAACCAUACCCGGAGGAUUUCCGCAGAAAUGCCCCAAAUGAUUGCUCGGUUGUUACGUAUCGGGGCCACCAUGUGCUCAAGACUUUGAUCCGGUGCCAUUUCUCGCCGCCGGAUAGCACAAACUCCCGUUAUGUAUACAGUGGAAGCGACGAUGGCAAAGUUUACGUUUAUAACAUGGAUGCCACCUUGGCCGACACGAUUGACGUCGGAGAAGCGACUGUGAAUUCGCGUUCGCGCGAGGCAGAUACCUACGCAACGGCUUAUGAGAUGGGCGGGGAAACAAUGUGGAGGACUUGUGUUCGAGAUGCCAGCUGGCAUCCGAAUGCUCCAGUGCUAGCAGGUGAGUGUCCUACAGUGUCUUUUAGAAUAUUGCUGAUGCAGUCUAUAGCAACAUCCUGGAACGGCUGGGGUCUCUCCACUGGAACAUGCACGGUUCAUUCAUGGAAUGAUGGCGCCACUGAAGACGAAGGUUACCCGCCUUUGGGCAAGAGUUAUGAUGACAAGUUGCGCUACGUCCCCGAGUUCAACCAUUACCGCGAAAAUGUUCCAUUUGGUCGUGCGCGGCGUCCACUGCGGAGCCGACCUGUUCGCCGCUUGGACAUUGACGAGGAAGCCGAAGAUACCACAAUAUGGUAA